AACACACAGGUGCUUGCUUCUCUUUUCCUGUUCACCAAAGUCAGAGGCAAGCUAGCUCCAGGGGGGCCUUGUCUGGGUAUGUCUAGGUGGAGCCGGUUCCUAAUAUGAUGGAGAUCAGUCGCGCCAUGACAAUAGCAGAGCACACGAUCCCUCUCGCGGCCGGUUUUUGUGAUCGGGAAACAAGAAAGGGGGGUGAGAAAAUAACCUGCGUGCCGCCAGUGCCCUCGCGCCCGAGAGCCUCGCCGUCAACUCUUCCUUGUGGGCUUCGUAGCAUCUUGCUCUCCCUCUUUUCACCCUAUAAGCUACCACUGCUGGCACUGUCGACGCCAUGCGUUGGCCAGGUCCUACCACGAGUUUCCCUCGUGCAACUUUGUAGGUGGAUAACGUGGCGCAGCUGUCUUUCCCCCCCCGCCGUACCACGACAAAUCACUUUCUCCCAGCACCUGAACUCGACGAUGCUGCCCCUGAAGCACGUUGGAACCCCGAGUCUUCAAAGAUCGGGGGCAGAAUCUCUGGCUUGCUCGUUUCUCAAUCCACCAUCGGUACUUCGCGGGCCAGGACUAGUAUUUUUCGGCGCAUUUGCCAUGUUUACGACAUUCACUCCCACUGCCGAUCCGCUAGAUACCAAGCUCGAGCAAGGAACAUACUCGCCAACUGGACGCCGACGUCAUUCUGCGAUGAGGCCUUUUGGACACAUAAUAAAGCCUAUCUGAAUGACGCUGCCGACGAGUCCGAGGAUGGAGGUUAGGGGACAGUGCGAAUUCAUUGCCAAAGCUGACGGUUGGGUAGUACUUGGCACAGUGCAUCACAGCAAAACCUCAUUUGUUUCGAGUGGCUUUUCCGGAUAAAUGAAUAAAUAAAAAUAAAGGCCUUGUUCACGCCGCAUC